UUUCGGAUUAGGUCUAUGUCGUCAAAAACUAAUAAGAUGGUCAACUCUUCUGAAAAAGAGGUGGGUGAUAAGUCAUCGGGAGGAGCAACAGAUUCACAAUCCAAGAAAAAGAACAAUAAACAUAACAAUCCAGUGAAUGAAAACGACCCCAAAAUCAUGGCUCCUGCAAAUAUGCCCAGGACGCCAUUGGAAGCUGACAUGAAACCAAUUGAUGCAAAGAACACAAAUCUUUCGGGGAGUAGAAACAGCAGUCGAAGUGAUAGCAUGGAGAGCACCACCGCGCCGCUUAGGCCGCACACCGGUGGCGACGUGCGGUGGGACGCUAUUAAUUCGGUGAGUGCUAAAGGCCCCAUCAGUCUCAGCAACUUUCGGCUUCUCAAGCGCAUCGGAUAUGGAGAUAUCGGGAGUGUGUACCUCGUCGAGCUCAGAGGAACCAAUGCUUUUUUCGCUAUGAAGGUGAUGGACAAGGCAUCUUUGGCGAGUAGAAACAAGUUAUUGAGAGCUCAAACGGAACGAGAGAUUCUUGGCCUUCUCGACCACCCUUUCUUGCCUACUCUUUAUUCCUACUUUGAGACUGAAAAAUUCUAUUGUCUAAUCAUGGAAUUCUGCAGUGGAGGCAAUCUUCAUUCCUUGCGCCAAAAGCAACCCAACAAGCAUUUCACUGAGGAAGCUGCAAGGUUCUUUGCAUCAGAGGUGUUGCUGGCACUAGAGUAUUUGCAUAUGCUAGGUAUUGUAUACAGGGACUUGAAGCCAGAAAAUGUUUUGGUACGAGAUGAAGGUCAUAUAAUGCUCUCGGAUUUCGACCUAUCCCUCCGUUGCUUCGUCAAUCCGACCCUGGUGAAAUCUUCAUCCACGCAUCAAGCAAGCAACGGCGGCGGUAACGGUGGCAUCUUGGAUAAUGAGCAAGUGCCCGGGCAAGGUUGCAUGCAGCCCUCCACGUUCUUCCCCCGCAUCUUGCAUGGCAAAAAGAACCGUAAAUCCAAAUCGGAUUUUGGCCUCUGCGUUGGAGGCUCCAUGCCGGAGUUAAUGGCCGAACCGACCAACGUCCGGUCGAUGUCGUUCGUCGGUACGCACGAAUAUCUAGCGCCAGAAAUCAUCCGCGGCGAGGGGCACGGCAGCGCAGUUGACUGGUGGACGUUCGGCAUCUUCUUAUACGAACUCUUGCAUGGGACGACCCCAUUCAAAGGCCAAGGCAACCGAGCCACAUUGUUCAACGUAGUAGGACAGCCAUUGAGAUUCCCAGAAACCCCACAAGUGAGCUUCGUGGCUCGAGACCUCAUACGAGGUCUGCUGGUCAAAGAACCGAGCAAACGCAUCGCGUGCAAAAGGGGAGCAACGGAGAUAAAGCAACACCCGUUCUUCGAAGGAGUGAAUUGGGCACUGGUGAGGAGCGCAAUGCCGCCACACGUACCGGAACCGGUGGAUUUCUCGCAGUUGGUCGCGAAGGAAGAGAAGAAGAACAGCCAUGGCGGUCAUCAUCAUCUUCAUAACGAACUUGUUGGAAAUCAAGCAGCUCAAAAAUCCAAUUCAUCUGACUACAUACAAUUUGAAUACUUUUAGCACUGCACUAAUAUCUUCCCUUUAACUUCACUACUGCAAAAAUUAAUUCUAAAUGCGAUGGAU